AUGGCUCAAAAUGGAAAAGAUCCAUCCCGUCGUGUGACCAGAACGUUGCAACGUGCUUCCACUUCCAUUGCUAUGGGAUCUUCCGUUGCCCCUCAAGGUCCCGUCCACCAACUACGCCCAAAGUUAUUCCAACAUCUUAAAGCCACUUCGGACGAAGAGAGCAUGACUGUCAACACAACCGAUCGUUUGGUCGCUCUGCGGUCUCUCAUGAAGGAGCGCAAUGUUGAUAUCUAUGUUGUCCCCUCAGAAGACAGCCAUGCCUCCGAGUACAUUGCCACAUGCGACGCCCGCCGUGCUUUCAUCUCGGGAUUCACUGGCUCUGCCGGAACAGCAGUCGUCACGCUAGACAAGGCCGCUUUGGCCACGGAUGGCCGUUACUUCAACCAGGCUUCUAAGCAGUUGGAUGAGAACUGGCACUUGCUCAAGACCGGGCUCCAAGAUGUCCCCACCUGGCAAGAAUGGACAGCAGACGAAUCCGCUGGCGGAAAGACUGUCGGCAUCGAUCCCACUCUGAUUUCCCCAGCGGUGGCCGACAAACUCAAUGGCGAUAUCAAGAAGCACGGCGGCGCAGGAUUGAAGGCCAUCACCGAAAACCUAGUAGAUCUUGUAUGGGGAGAUAGCCGGCCACCUCGUCCCAGCGAGCCAGUCUUCUUGCUUGGCGCCAAGUACUCAGGAAAGGGCUCAGCAGAGAAGCUCACAGACCUGCGCAAGGAGCUUGAGAAGAAGAAGGCCGCUGCUUUCGUCGUGUCCACGCUCGACGAGAUCGCGUGGCUUUUCAACUUGCGCGGCAACGAUAUUCCAUACAACCCCGUCUUCUUCUCUUACGCCAUCGUUACAAAAGACAGCGCAACCUUGUACGUCGAUGAGUCGAAAUUGAACGACGAGGUCAAGCAAUACUUGGCUGAGAAUGGCACCGAGAUCAAGCCUUACACCGACCUCUUCAAGGACACUGAGGUACUUGCGAAUGCUGCCAAGAGCACCAGCGAGUCGGACAAGCCCACAAAGUACCUGGUCUCCAACAAAGCCUCUUGGGCUCUCAAGCUGGCAUUGGGCGGCGAAAAGCACGUGGACGAGGUCAGGAGUCCUAUUGGGGACGCAAAGGCCAUCAAGAACGAGACGGAACUUGAAGGCAUGAGGAGGUGUCACAUCCGUGACGGCGCCGCCCUAAUCAAGUUCUUCGCCUGGCUUGAGGAUCAGCUAAUCAACAAGAAGGCUAAGCUGGAUGAGGUGGAGGCCGCUGACCAGCUGGAAAAGUUCAGAAGCGAGCAAUCCGACUUUGUUGGUCUUUCCUUUGACACUAUUUCUUCCACGGGGCCAAAUGGCGCAAUCAUCCACUACAAGCCCGAAAGGGGGUCCUGCUCUGUGAUUGACCCUAAUGCUAUCUAUCUCUGCGACUCGGGCGCACAGUUUUAUGACGGAACAACGGAUGUCACAAGAACACUACAUUUCGGCCAACCAACCGAUGCCGAGAGGAAGUCUUACACUCUGGUUCUCAAGGGAAACAUGGCUCUAGACACUGCGGUAUUCCCCAAGGGAACUAGUGGUUUCGCUUUGGAUGCCUUGGCCCGCCAAUUCCUCUGGAAAUACGGCCUUGACUACCGCCACGGAACCGGCCACGGAGUGGGGUCUUUCCUGAACGUUCACGAAGGGCCCAUUGGCAUUGGCACUAGGAAGGCAUACAUCGAUGUCCCUCUGGCUCCUGGCAACGUGCUGUCUAUCGAGCCCGGUUACUACGAGGAUGGCAACUACGGAAUCCGCAUUGAGAACCUGGCCAUCGUUCGCGAAGUGAAGACUGAGCACCAAUUCGGCGACAAGCCGUAUUUGGGCUUCGAGCAUGUCACCAUGGUUCCAUACUGCAGGAAGCUGAUUGACGAGAGCCUGCUGACGCAGGAAGAGAAGGACUGGCUGAAUAAGUCCAACGAGGAGAUCAGGAAGAACAUGGCAGGCUACUUUGAUGGAGAUCAGCUCACGACGGAAUGGCUGCUACGGGAAACGAGCCCAUUCUAA